AUGAACCGCCGAUCCCAUAGAAAGUCGAGGAAGGGAUGUUUGCAGUGUAAAUCAAGACAUAUCAAGUGUGAUGAAACCCAUCCAGAAUGUGUUAAUUGCAAAACAGCAAGUCACACAUGCUCUUAUAAGAUUAUUGCAAGCACCAAUACCAGCAAAGUCACCACCCCAGAAUCAACAUUUACCAAUUCACCAACUCCAACUUUCCAGAGUGACCCACAAAUACCACGUGGGCCCUUGUUGCAACCGGAACCUCCAUCAUUACUCCAAUCAUCAUCUCAGUCAUAUGUGAACUUCACACAUCUAGAGUUGUUUCAACAUUGUUAUGAAGAUCGAAGCUUUUUAUGGGAUGGGCAAUUUCAAGAUCACACUUCCAGGAUAAUGAAGCAUGCUCACAGGGCCCCAUUUCUCAUGUACGAGCUUCUUGCUUGCUCAGCACAGCAUUUGAGUAUCAUUCGUCCUGACAAAUUUCAAUUUUAUCACAAUGAAUCUAAAAUAUUGCAAGAACAAUCAAUCAAAAUGUUUAACGAAUCAGUACAAGAGGUGAACGAUGAAAACUUGAUCCCAGCCUUUCUCUAUUCUGGGACUUUGGGACUUCAUUUCUUUGUGGACACCUUUUCUAUGCCCGGUUCGGACUUGAACGAAUUCAUUGAUAAACUAGUUCAAGCGAUCAUAUUGAUGCGUGGAGUUCGAGUUUGCUUCACUGGGUGGUGGGAUGCUUUAAAGGAAUCUGAGAUUCAUGAACUAUUGCAAUUUGGCCAUGGGGAUAUGGAGCACACUGAUGAAUUUGUGGACCAUCUUCUCGCACUUCAAGAAAGGUUGCCUGAGAUUCCUGGUAUGGGAGAAGUGGAGCUCGAGGUAUUGUAUGGUGCUAUACAUCAAUUGAAAUGGGUGCAUGUAUCCAGUCUCCUCGACGCCCAUCAGAAUGGAACUCCUCGUCCUAGAAUGAUUACCACAUGGCCAAUCACGCUGGCAGAGGAAUAUACGGAUCUGCUCGCUCAAAGAACACCCGGGGCAUUGAUUGUACUAGCACAUUUUAGUAUUCUGCUAUACGCUUGCCGAGAAUACUGGGCAGUUGGCAAUGCUGGGAAGUUUCUGUUGGCGGUGGUUGAAACUUAUCUUGGUGAAGAUUGGAAAUCAUGGUUGGAAUGGCCUAGAUCGAAGGUUCCCGAAAGUGUUUGA